AUGACUACCCCUAGCGUUCUCGUCUUUGAUGCUGAGGGUCGGGCUGUUGGCUUUGAGGUCUGGGUCGAUGAUCUGCAGCUUUUCCUACAGUGCGAUAGGAAAGACGAUCUCUCACUGUUCGAUCUCACGUCUGGCGCCUCUACUACCCCUGCUGCCGAUGCUGACAGCACUGUUCGCUCACAAUGGGCCACAGGAGAUGCUGCUGCCCGUCUUGCUGUGCGUAGUCACUUGCCGUCCACUGAGCGUGCGCACUUUAGUCAGUACAAGAGUGCUAAGACCUUGUACAACGCUGUCAUUGCACGCUACUCUUCCCCUGCCACUGCUGCCCUUAGCCGCCUCAUGCUGCCGUACGUGUUUCCUGACCUCGCCGCCUUUCCCACACUCGCUGACCUCGUUACUCACCUUCGCGCUAGUGACACCCGCUACCGCGCUGCGCUUCCUGCUGAGUUCUGCGCCAUGAACCCCGCCCCCCAUGGGUGCUCCCCCUCCCCCCUUUUGCCCUCUGUUGCCUCUGCUGCUGCCGUCGACUUCAUUGGCACCGAGUCGGUCGGCGCUGCGUCUGCCCCUGGCGGGAGACGCCGCACCGGCAAGGGCAAGGGGGGCAAGGGUGUUUCCUGA